UUCAAACCAGCAUCCUUUCAAUCAUAGGUAUGCUUCCCUAACCAUUAGGCCUCCACUGCCCCAGUAGCUAAACUUGAAUCGAACCAUGCCUAAUUGCUUCAUAAUAAUAAUGAAGUACCAUAAACUUGUAACUUCUUGAUGAUGUAUUGCGCCCUGUCUUCUGCAUCAAAUUUAGCAGAAAUCAUGGAGCCUCGAUGGCAGGCGAAGGGGUCUAGCCACUCCCGGGAAAUGAGACAUGGAAGCAGUGCACCUAAUAUGCCCCAGAAAGAUGCCUACUCCAGGCUGCUCAGCCAGCACCACAGCAGCGCCUUCCGGGCAUACCUGGAGCAGUUUGCUCGGGAGCAGAAUCUGCAAACUGACCACAACAGACCAGGUCCGGCAGGGAUCGGAGCACCGGGCACCAAUGGCUGCUCUCCGCAUCCCGCAAAAGACGCUGAGUCAGAGAGCUGCCUGUCUCUAUACAUGGGCAAGCUGAAUGGGCGGGGGGGUGGGCCCGUCUUCGAGCCGCCGGGACCAAAGCCGGGACCGGGGGCACGGCGGCCGAGGCGUGGCGAGAGGAGGGACACGAACACCAGCCAAGAUGCCGACAUCGAGUCUAGCGAAGAGGGGCUCCUGAAACACCCGAAACCCCCGAAGAAACAGCAGCAUGGUGGGGGAGGGGCUUUCAAGACCCCCGCUGGUGAUGCGGGGACCAACAGCCCUGUAGGGCCUACCGGCGGGCAGCAGCACAAUAAGCAGAAACACAAGAAGAAGAACGCAGCAAAAAACAAGAUGGACGCCGCGCCUGAGGGAGGCAGGAGUGCUGGUGCCGACAGCUCAGUCACAGCAGCGCCAAAGGGCCACAUUGACAGAGCAAAGUCAGCGCAGCCUCAGGACCAGGUCCAUUCAGCCCAAAUGACCCCAGACAAGAACAAGAGCAAAAAUAAAGGAGGCAGAGGGAAGAAGAAGCAAGUGUUUGACGUGUACCUGUCUACGGAUGAGGUGUCCAUGGGGCUUAAGAGGGGAGAACUCAUUCAGGGACCAUUAAGAAUCAAUCCUAAGAAGUACCAUGAGGCCUUUGCUCCUUCACCCGACGGCACUCGUGACAUAUUCCUGGAUGGGGUCGCGGCCCGGAACCGUGCCCUCAAUGGGGACGUUGUGGUUGUCAAACUCCUCCCACGGGAGCAAUGGAAGGUGAUUAAGUCCGACACGGACGGGGAGGGGAGCGGUGAGUCGGAGAACCCGGCCAUGGGGACCUCGGCCCGGGGGUCGACGGGGGGAGCCCAGCCCAGCCCAGACGUCAUCGUGGAGGCGCAGUUCAGCGACGGCGAGCACGACGCAACCGGCACUGAUGCACUUGCUACCAAGGUUGAGAUGAUGAAUCUCCAAGCAACCACAGGUUCGCACAGCUCUGGGGACGUUAAAACCGUAGCUGACAAGUUUCUUCAAAGGACAGGGAAGGUGGUGUACAUCCUCCAGCGGAAACACUCCCGAGCCGCCACCGGCUUCCUGAAGUUCCUGCCGGAGAAGAGCUUCGCCAUGUUCUCUCCAGUGGACCACCGUGUGCCGCGGGUCAAUGUGCCCCUGGCCGACUGCCCCGCCGACUUUGCCACGCGGCCUGACGACUACGCCAGCAUCCUGUUCAUCUGCCGCAUCACCGACUGGCCCGGGGACAGCACCUUCGCUGAGGGGCAGCUGGUGAAGAGCCUUGGCCUAGCUGGAGAGAUCGAGCCGGAGACGGAGGGCAUCUUGACGGAGUACGACGUGGACUUUGCUGAAUUCUCUGAGGACGUUCUGCAGUGUCUCCCACAGGACCUGCCGUGGACCAUCCCGGCCGAUGAAUUCACGAAAAGGAGAGACUUGAGAUCGGAGUGCAUCUUCACCAUCGACCCAGCCACUGCCAGGGACCUGGAUGAUGCCUUGUCCUGCAAACCUCUUCCAGAUGGAAACUUCGAAGUCGGAGUUCACAUCGCUGACGUGAGCUACUUCGUGGAGGAGGGAUGCUUGCUGGACAGUGUCGCUAGCAGAAGAGCAACCAGUGUCUACUUGGUUCAGAAGGUGGUCCCGAUGCUGCCCAGGCUGCUCUGUGAGGAACUGUGCAGCCUGAACCCCAUGACUGACCGACUGACCUUCUCAGUCAUCUGGAAAAUCACUCCAGAGGGGAAGAUCCUGAGUGAGUGGUUCGGCCGUUCCGUGAUUCGCUCCUGCAUCAAGCUGAGCUACGACCACGCCCAGAGCAUGAUUGACUCGCCCGAUGCCCCCCCCGGCCCCGAGCAGCUGCCCCCCUGCGCCCCCAAGCACCCUGUCGCCGAGAUCCACCGGGCCGUCCUGGACCUGCACCGCAUUGCCCGCCGGCUCCGCGCCCAGCGCUUUGAGAGUGGUGCCCUGCGUCUGGACCAGUCCAAGCUGUCAUUCACCCUGGACAAGGAGUCAGGAAUGCCUCAAGGCUGCUACAUCUAUCAGUACAGGGACAGCAACAAGCUUGUGGAGGAGUUCAUGCUUCUGGCCAACAUGGCCACCGCCCACCGCAUCUACCGAAGCUUCCCACAGUAUGCCCUGCUUCGCCGACACCCUCCGCCCCAGACCAAGAUGGUGGACGACCUCACGGAGUUCUGCGACCAGAUGGGCCUUAGCCUGGACUUCUCCUCCGCAGGGGCUCUUCACAGGAGUCUGAACGAAACCCUGGGGACGGACCAGUACUCGCUCGCCAGGAAAGAGGUCCUUACAAACAUGUGCUCCAGGCCCAUGCAGAUGGCUGUAUAUUUCUGCACUGGAGUCCUGAUGGAUGAGGCCCAGUUUCGACACUAUGCCCUCAAUGUACCCUUCUACACUCACUUCACCUCCCCCAUCCGCCGCUACGCUGACGUCAUUGUGCACCGCCUGUUGGGCGCGGCGCUGGGGUGCAGCCCCCACCCCAGCCUGGAAGCUGAGGACGUCCAGAGACAAGCGUCCCACUGCAACGACAAGAAGACGGCCUCUAAACGCGUGCAGGAGCUCAGCUCUGAGUUAUUCUUCGCCGCCUUUGUCAAGGAGUCCGGCCCCCUGGACUCCGAGGCCAUGGUGAUGGGGGUUCUCGACCAGUCCUUCGACGUGCUGGUGCUGAAGUACGGCGUGCAGAAGCGCAUCUACUGCAAAGCGCUGCAGGGCCUGAAAGACUUCCGCUUCCGCAAGGUUGGGAAGAAGCCGGAGCUGACCCUGGUUUGGGCAGCGGACGGGAGCGUGCGGGGAGCCGUGGAGCAGGAGAUCAGCAUCUUCACCCUGGUGGAGGUCCAGCUACAAGCGGAUGCAGCCCCCAUGAAGUACAGUGCCACACUGAAGUGUCCCUCCCCCACCGGGUCGUGAGACGGCCCCCUACUGGUGCCACAAGUUAAAUGCUUAAACUGAAAUGCAUAUGUUUCUUGCCUUUUAAAGUAUGCCAACUGAGGCUUUUUAAGUGAAGUACUGUUUUUUUUUUAAUUAUUAUUAUUGUAAACCAAUUAUAAGUGACCAGUAUUGUAACUUGGCAUUAAUGAUAAUUAUGACGAAUGGAUUUGGCUGAAGUUUUCUUUGAAGGGCCAAGGUGAUACAGUGUGUUGCUGCUGUUUCUUUUAUGUCUUCAGACCUCCUAGGUCAGUGUUACAUACCUGUGUGUCUGUGCCCAGCUUAGGAGAUAGUCCUGGGGUAAGAUUUAAAGAUUUAAGCUUUAAUAUUAGCUGGAGAUGUGUGUUCAGAAACUGGAGAUGUUCUUGCAUUGUUUUUUUUUUGGUUUUUUAAGCCAUUUAAUUCUAUGUGCGUUUAGUAGUAGCUAGCAGAAAAUGAACUGGCAAACACAGGAUCUAUUAUUUUUUUUUUAGUCUGCUGUGCUGAAUGGGUGCAUUAUGGCUCUCGACACAUGAACAUACAGCACAGAAGCACUGAUGUGCUUCCCGCAGGUUGACGACAUGAUUGUUAGGAGAUGCUUACGGCGGACGUUCAAGUGGCAGUGCCCUGAAUUUAGGGUUGGAUGGUAGCAGGUAAAUAGCAGUUGACGGCCGAUUCUGCACUAGAUGGGAUCGGUGUAUCUGGGAAACUGAAACUGCCGUUUGUUGGAGGACUUUACUUUUGAAAUUGUGCCCCAGGAACCCGUGCCGCUCGAUGGGAACAUAAAUUUGCAAAGACUUGAGUGACUUUUUAAUGUUUUGUUUGCCAAACAAAAUGUUGACGUUUUUAAAGUGUUAGUUUUAGGUGUGCUGGUCCCCUUUUAGAACCUGAAAUGUCAACGGGAUGCUAACUUGUGCUUUUCGGUACUUGAGGACUUGUAGUCCUUGUGGGCAUCUAUUGCUGGAGCCGCCGGUCCGACCUGCAACACGUGUGCUUCUGCUCCUGGUGAGAACGGAAUCCCGUUUCUGCUCUUAAGCAGUGCUAAGCUCCAAGAUGCUGCCGGCCUUUGGACAUAUGGGCCUUCCUUGUUGAAAUGUGUGUGGUUUUUAUUCUGGGCAGAGGUUUCCUCCAUUCUGCCCUUCUCCUGGUUUGCAGUGGGCCUGAGGUUUUGGGGGGUGAGUGAGCGUUAACCUGAAGAUGUCCAUUUGGCUUGGGAUUUGGGGUUUUUGGAAAUCUUUACAUAUCCCCCCCCCCACACACACACACACACUUUGAAAAGUUUCGUCUGCCCUGCUGCCGUCGUGAGCAUAACCGGCUGCAUGCAUCAGCAGCACUUUAUGGAGAGUUUGCCAGCUAGGGACGACUUCUCGUAUGUCUCUGUGUCACGGUCACAUUGCCACAUGUUUAAGCUCCAGCUGUCUUUACAAGAACAAAGCUCAGUGCUGGAAGCAGCACGCUCUGUGCCUUGUGAUGUGUGACUGUCCUCGUUUGUGUCCUUUUCCCCUCAGAUGCCCUUUCAUUUUCCAGCCUUUCAAAGUGCUUCACAUCUGCCUUUACUUGAGUGUUUUUUCUGGCCAAAUUUGAAUGAUCAUAUAAAUCUGUUGGGAGCCUGUCAGCCUCGUCACUCAAAUCCAGCUGCGCUUUUCCUGUUUAGGUGUUUCUUUUAUUAUCGCAUUGAUCUUUGUGCUUAAAGUCAACACAAGGCAUUUGUACGUGAUGUUUUUACAGGGUAUGUGAAGGAGGAAAACACAAAUGUGCUAAACUUUAACUUUUUUCACAAAGAUUUGACACACAGAUGCCUGUCUCUAUCUAGCCAGCUGUGAAAAGAGCUGGACUGUAAUCUGAAGCUUGUAGUUUGUGCAGUUAAUUGUCUACUUUCUGCGUCAGGGGUCAUUCAUAGUGAUGCUGCUUCCAUUUAACACCGUGUGCAUACUCCUGCUUAGCCGCCUCCGUUGCGUUACAGUAAUUAUCAUAAUGUGAUGUCAUUUUCUCCUGUGUCCAUGAGAGCGACGUGUAUUGUUCAACUGGCCCUUGGGAUAAUAAAAUACACUUACCCGCUCGCAA